CAAUUUUCCGUUUAAUUGUGUAUCGCGUGACAUGCAAAUGCAAUUAUACAUAGUAAAUUAUCAUCGAUAAUGAGUCAAAUGAUAGGUUUAUCGUGCCAAGGACCCGAUAAAGGUAAAAGCAGAAAUUUACGAUUUUCCAAUUCUUGAAUCGAAAGUCGAGUCGAAGUUUACGGGAUCUACAAUUCGGAUCGAAUGAUUCACGAUCAUGAAUACCUCGAUUAUUUUUUUACUGUUAACAUUUCUCUGUGUGUGCUGCGAAGAUCAAGUGAAAUACAAUUCGAACAACUAUCACAAUGUCCAGACUAAUUCGAGUGACAUCAUUGAUGAAUUCACGUUAAAUUUUGUUAAUCAAUCGACGCACAAAAUGAUAAAGAUCUUUUGCUUUAUCGAUUCGAUUUUCUCCGAUGUAAAAACGAUAAAUCACUUGUUCGAACUCAAAAUGACAAACAACAAUCUUACACAAUCGUACUUCAAAAUCGAUUGCCCAAAACGAAAAUAUCGAAGAUCGAUAUUUGGCAUAGAAGAAUCGAACUUGAUCCAAUAUCCGAUGAAUUACUUGCUAUCGUCGAUUAGAUCGAUUGCAAAUGUCGCUAUCAAGCCAAUGUCUUGGACCACGAAUCAAGUAUUAAAUUUAAUAUAUGAGUUUAUGAUAAAUGUAGCACUUCCCUGGCUCUAUCGUUUUCUCAAUGAAAUCAAAAAAUUAAACAUUUUACCCUCACGUUUGAACGAUUUAAUCGAAUUGUUUAACAACAUUUAUUAUCUUAUGAAAUUUUUUGGUUACAUUAACUGAUUCUCCUAGUUUUUAAAUAUCUAUAUAUUAUAUAGCUAAUAACGAUAUUCAUUUUAUUGCCUUUUUACGAAACGAAUCUUAUAAUAAGUUUUCUGCCCGCACAUUCACUUUUCUUCAUUUCCUAUCUUUGUUUCCUGUUUUACAUUCGACUUACGAAAAUAUUUGUAAAAAGCAACGAGAGAAAUCAUCUUUAUAGUUCAAGAAAAUGCGGGUAUUAUGUGUAAGUAUCUAAUCCAUGAUUGUUAUUAAAAUUGUUUGCAAAAGCGA